UGGAGAUGGCCGCAUCCAAAGAGGCCGUCCCUUCCUUAGCCGAUUGUCAGUGUGGCAUCUGUAUGGAAAUCCUGCUGGAGCCGGUAACCCUUCCUUGCAACCACACGCUCUGUUACCCCUGCUUCCAGGCAACCGUUGAAAAGGCCAACCUGUGCUGUCCCUUCUGUCGCCUCCGGAUCUCUUCGUGGGCUCGGUACCACACUCGAAGAAAUUCUCUGGUCAAUACAGACUUGUGGGCGAUUAUUCAAAAACACUAUGCAAGGGAGUGCCAGAUGAGAAUCUCUGGGCAGGAAUCGAGGGAAAUCGAUGGUGACGACCAACCGUGCCGCCAGUUAAGUAAACCUGGAGAGUUGAGACAAGAAUAUGAAGAGGAGAUAAGCAAGUUGGAGGCCGAACGACAAGCCAUCAAGGAAACUGAAAACAAAGCCAGUGAGGAGUACAUACAGAAAUUGUUGACAGAAGAGGAGGAGGAGGAGGAAAAACAACGGAUGGAAAAGAGGAGACGUGAGAUGGAAGAACAGCUGAAAGGAGACGAAGAACUGGCAACGAGGCUCAGCGUCAGUAGUGACAGUAACUAUGAGCAAAAUAUCUUGGCUUCUCCUUCGACUUCCGGAAAAUCAGAUGCAGUCAAAAACAAGUCACAAAAGAAAAGUACAAGAAAACAAAGACACUUUGGGUGUAUUCAGAAACAUUUGUCACCUACAUUGGCGUCUGGGUCAGCAUGGCCAUGUGAAGCUGUCCUUGGAGAGGAUAAUAGCUGCAUAUCCAAGAACAGCCCUGUGUGCCAAGACACUGAAAAGGAUAUGCCAACCCUUCCUCUGAAGAUAUGCCUAGAAACUCAAGAACAAGGUUCAGAGUCUUUGGCAGAGUCACCUGUGCCAUGGUUAUGUGCCAGGGGUGCAGAACAGCGCCUUGAAGGAACACUACUGAUCAACAGUGAUGAUGAAGCUACAGUUAAGCCUUCUGGUAAAAUAGAAAAUGAAGAUGCCUCUGUGUCAGGUGUGACCCAGUUAGCUGGCAGUUACACAGCUCCAGAAAGUAGUGGGCAUCAUCUAGUAGUUGGAAAAGAGAUUUCUGAAAGAGAAAACCAAGAUUCUGUGUUUGAAGCAGGCAUGGAUCCAUGCUCUUCUGCAAAAACAAGCAACGUGUUCCCCGAAUCCUCAGAUCAAGAAGAGGAAGAAGUGAGUUUCAUACAAAAACUGAUAGAAUUGGAACACAUGUUUUUUGAGAGACAUAAGCAAGAAGAACAGGACCGAUUGUUAGCAUUACAACUUCAGAAACAGAUGGAUAAAGAACAGAAGAUGAUCAACCGACAGAAAGGAUCCCCCGGUCAGUAUGACUUGCGCACAUACUCAGAACCAGACAGGCAGCUGCAUAAGCAGAGGAAGAAUUCCAAAGACGACUUCAUAAAGCUGACUAAUUCAGAGCAUCCAAAAUCUCAGAAGAGCGCAGAAGAUGAAUAUUGGCAACCUUUUAAAAGCACAUGGAAGGUUUCAGUUAGUGGAAGAAAAAUGUUAAGUUCUACUAAAGAUGACUGUAUCUAA